AAUCAUCGUAUUAUAGUUGUAAGAUUAUCAAAACAGGAUAAAAUUGAAAAUAAUAAUAAAAAAAAAAAAUCAUUCGUUCAGACAAAUAAGGUUGGAACAAGGCUAGGUGCAGUUUACAACCACUCUGCCCCUUGCUCACUUUGGAAUCCUCACCUCUUCCCUAUCACCUUCUGCUUCUCUUGUUUUCCUAACAAACUGUUGUUUUCCAGAAGGGCUAUCAAAGUGAGCUUUAGGGAGAUUUAUCCUAAACAAUAUGUACAUGCACGGAGCCUUGUGAAUAGAGUAGGCUUGAAGAGCGGUAGACUGGUUCAUCAAUUUUCUAAAAGCUUGUGAUGAUUAUUGUACAAACCUGAAAGUAUCCAUAUGAUGGCCACAGCUUCAUUUAUUGGACUCGCCACAGGAAAGAGGCUCUUGAGUUCCUCCUUUUAUUAUUCAGACCUCACAGAAAAGCUUUCCAAUGUCAAUGAUCAUGGAAUAGCCCACCAUCAAAUUACAACAACAAAGAGUGUGAUUGUUGCAAAAAAGUCAUCAAAAUAUGGCCCCAGCUUCCCCUCGUCCUACUCCAAUAAAGCCCUUAAAGAACUUAUUGAUACUGCUUCUGCUUCUUCAACUUUGGCAACAUGGUUCAAGACAUUAGAUGACUUCGAAGAAGAAAGUUCUGUUCUCGACUAUUCAGUAGAAGCUCUCAUUUUGCUGCAGAAGUCUAUGCUAGAAAAGCAAUGGAAUCUUUCUUUUGAGAGGAUAAACUCAAGUGACUCAAAAAUUAAAAGAAGUAACAAGAAGAUACCUGUCACUUGUUCUGGGGUGUCUGCUCGACAACGAAGGUUGAAUAACAAGAGAAAAAAUCAGAACCAAAGCAAAUUCAUGUCACGUAGUAGUGACUUUAAGCUGCUGAGGUCGGAUAUUAGUCCAGAUCUACUGCUGAAUCGUUUGAAAGGUUAUGUGAAGGGUGUAGUAAGUGAUGAGGUGCUUCCCCAUACAGAAGUUGUGCGUCUGUCAAGGAUAAUUAGAGCUGGUCUUUCCUUAGAGGACCAUAAAUCCAGUCUGAAGGAGAGAUUAGGUUGUGAGCCCUCAGAUGAACAACUUGCGGAUUCCUUGAGGAUUUCUCGUGCUGACUUACAGUCACAAUUGAUUCAAUGCUCCUUGGCAAGAGAGAAGCUGGCCAUGAGCAAUGUUCGUCUGGUUAUGUCCAUUGCUCAAAAAAAUGAUAACAUGGGUGCUGAAAUGGCUGACCUUGUUCAGGCAGGUUUAAUUGGGCUAUUGCGAGGUAUUGAGAAAUUUGAUUCUUCCAAAGGGUUCAAAAUCUCAACUUAUGUUUAUUGGUGGAUACGUCAGGGUGUCUCAAGAGCUUUAGUUGAGAAUUCAAGAACCUUGAGAUUGCCUAAUCACUUGCAUGAAAGGUUAGGCCUAAUUCGGAAUGCGAAGAUUAGACUAGAAGAGAAAGGAGUGACUCCAUCAAUUGAUAGAAUUGCAGAAAGCUUGAAUAUGUCCCAAAGGAAAGUUAGGAAUGCUACUGAGGCUAUCAGUAAGGUCUUCUCACUUGAUAGGGAAGCGUUCCCCUCUUUGAAUGGUCUUCCAGGAGAAACACACCAUAGUUACAUUGCAGAUAAUCGCCUCGAGAACAACCCAUGGCAUGGAGUAGAUGAGUGGGCACUCAAGGAGGAAGUAAACAAGCUUAUCGAUUCAGCUCUUCAAGAACGAGAAAGAGAGAUUAUACGUCUUUACCAUGGUUUAGAUAAAGAAUGCCUCACAUGGGAGGACAUUAGCAAGCGCAUGGGGUUGUCCAGAGAAAGAGUUAGGCAGGUCGGACUCGUUGCACUUGAGAAACUGAAACAUGCUGCGAGGAAGGGGAAGCUGGAGGCCAUGUUAGUCAAACAUUAAGUUUUGUGUGUAUACAUACAGAAAGGAAAACUCUAUCUUCCAUUUCAUACUCUUUUGUUUUUUUCUUUUUUAUAAAUCUGAAGUAUAGGAGGUCAUGUUCCAAUGCCUAUAACCCUGAACUUUCUGUAGAGUUCAGACAUUGAUUAAGAGCUUGUAAGCCGAAGCAGAUUCUUUUAAGAAAAAGUGUAUUCAUCACAAGGAGAAAAAAGUUCUGUAUGUCAAAUCAAAAUCAUUUUCUUAUCA